UAUCAUUUAUCAAUAUUAUCGUUAUAAAGUACGGUUUUAAAAAUUCUCAAUAAUGUAAUAAUUAGGUGAGUUCCGAUCAAUUCAAAUUACGUAACAUCUGAAGACAUUUAAGCUAUACUUGCGUACAUAUCAUUAUAAUUAUCGCUCGCUGGACCACGGUCGCCUAUCAUCAUGGACUUUUCUGUUAGACGCAUAACUGGUACAUUGUUAUUAAUCGUAAACUUACAGUUAACCGGUUACGCUUUGCAACGAGAAACAAAGAAACAACCGCAUAUUAUUCUCAUCAUAGCUGACGAUCUGGGUUGGAAUGAUGUUGGAUUUCACGGAUCUAUACAGAUACCCACGCCAAAUAUCGACGCACUUGCUUAUAACGGCGUAAUAUUGAAUCGUCAUUAUGUUCAGCCAACUUGUACUCCGUCGAGGGCUGCUUUACUUACUGGAAAAUACCCAAUUCGCUAUGGCUUUCAAGGUACACCCAUUGCUGCUGGCCAAGCUUUAGCACUACCAACGAAUGAAAAAAUUUUACCACAAUAUCUGAAAGAGUUGGGCUAUUCAACACACUUGGUGGGAAAGUGGCACUUAGGCUAUUACCAAAAACGUUUUACUCCCACACAAAGGGGAUUCGACAGUCAUUUUGGUUACUGGAACGGGUAUAUUAGUUAUAGAAACAGCAUACACGCUAAAAAUACUACAAUGAGUGGUAUCGAUGCUAGGCGUGGAUUCGAAAGGGCGGGGAAUGAGAUGGAUCGUGAUCGGUACGCAACUGAUGUUUUCACAGGAGAAGCUUGUAAAAUCAUAGAAUCAAGUAAACGGGAAAAUACGAAAAUGUUUUUAAUGGUAAGUCAUUUAGCCGUUCAUUCUGGAAAUAGUGGUCCAAACCACUUGGAAGUUUCGAACAAAACCUACAACGACGAGGCAUUUGGUUAUAUUGAAAAUGAAAACAGAAGACUUUAUGCAGGAAUGUUGACUUCGUUGGAUGAUUCUGUUGGAAAAAUAAUUGAAUCACUGGACAAAAACGAAAUGCUAAAAGAUUCAAUUGUGGUGUUUAUGUCCGAUAACGGUGCACCGACAGACGAUCCGCUAUGGGGCCAUGAAAACUUUGGAUCCAAUUGGCCUUUGAGAGGGAAAAAAGGAUCAGUACUUGAAGGUGGAGUUCGUGGGGUGGCUGCGAUAUGGAGCCCAUGGUUGAAAGAAAAAAACAAAGUUUCGGAAAAUUUAUUUCAUAUUACUGAUUGGUUGCCCACUUUAUAUACGGCUGCAAAUGGUAAUUUUGAAGACUUAGGUAAUAUUGACGGUGUGGAUCAGUGGAAAAGCUUAAUUGAUACUUCAGAACAAGUAAGAUCAAAGGUUUUAAUCAAUAUAGAUGAGACAAGAGGAGAAGAAGCCUUAAUCUUCAAUCAAUGGAAAGUUGUCAAAAGUAACCGUACGAGUAACUUGGUUAUCAACCUCAAGUAUAGCGGAGAUCCUGGUAAUGUAGGACCGGAAUAUAAUAUGUCCGGCGUCAUGGCAAGUGUCGCCGGUUUGCAUCUAUCGAAUAUCAACUGUUUGACGGGAGACGGUUGCAUGAACACGUCGACAUCGCGAGACGUAUUUUACGUUGCACGUUCGCGAGCCAAAGUCGACGGUCAAACCUGUCCAGAGCGCGUUUCCGAUACCGAUCCCGACCAACGGUACGAAUGUUUCGACGGGUACUGCCUUUUCGACACACUCCAAGACCCCUGUGAGUAUCGAAAUGUGGCCAAACAAAACCCUCAAACACUGGCCCAGACGAUUGGCAUGCUGGAGCAAUUCAAAAAUGAAAUGACAAUGCAAGCACCUAAACCGAUAACUGAUCCCGACGCAGAUCCUCGUCGAUUUACCGGUUAUUGGGAGCCUUGGCUUGAGCCCUACGUCAAAGCUUAGAUAGAAUUUCCACAAUCAUAGUAUUAUUAAAAUACUAUUACGCCAUGUUUAUUUUAAAAAUAAAAUUGUUAUAAUUUAAAAAAUAUUAUAAUUGUAUAUUAUAACAUACGAAUAAGUAUAUAAUUUUUACUAAUAUAAUAAAACUGAAGAGUUUGUUUGUUUGAA